GAUUAAUAUGCGGCAUUUGCAAAACAGGCUUAAUUGUUAUUGAAAUUUGUUAAAAUUAAUUAAAAAGUGUUCCGUGGAUCAAAAACCAUUGUAUGGUAAAAGCAGAUUCCUCCGGAUUGAACAAUGAACGAACUAAAGUAAUGAAUGAACGCGAAUAAACCGAGUAUCCCCGAACUCCCCGAAGAUGCCCUAAAGAAACCGAUGAGUGGUUGUAAAAUAUCGAUGGUGGUGUUCAAGUAAAAGUAAAUAAAAAAAUCCGUUUUCCUCAUUUAUUUUAGCCCAACCGAAGGAAGGAGGUGUUUCUAAAUAUGAUGUACCCUGAUAAAACGUAAACCUGGGACGAUUUAAGCCGUAUAAUGAUAGGAAAAUUAUAUCCUUUUGGGCAAUUUUUGUUACUGUUUUUGAUGGAGUGAGUUUAAAUGUUUAAUGAACUAAACGCCUUUUUGCACCAUUUAGUUGAAAUUUCGGAAUGUUCGUAACGCUUAUUUUCAAAUAGGAUAUGCAAUGAUUGCGAGGAUGCAGUGUCGUUGACUUCUUCAUUCAAUUAAAUUCCAUUUAGCCUGUUUUUAUUUUACUCCAUGCAAGUACAAUUGUAAAUAAUUAAUAUCCGACCUAGUUUGCGUCGAGCGAAUCCGAAUAUUUUAUUUUUGAUGCCCUUUAGUUGUAUUCAAAGUGAUUCCAUUUCAGUUCAGUGCAUCCCGUUCACUUAUCAAUUCGUGUAAAUAAUAUUCAACAGUUACUGAUGAAAUUAGUUUUAGCGAGAGGAGGAAAUCGUUCCUCCAAGGAUAGUAAUAUGGUCACUAUGAAUUCCGAUAAGGCUGCCACAAAGCGCAAGCCAGAGCCUAAUAACGGAGGCUGCACUAAAAUAAACAAUGAAGAACCGAGUCAUGUUCAUCCUGUACCGACUAGCGAAGAGUCUCCGAAUCAUCUUUUAUACAAAAAGAUGGAGAAAAUCGUGGAGAAAAUGCAGGAUGAAACGACCGGUGUACCAGUACGCACAGUAAAAAGCUUUAUGUCAAAAAUUCCUUCGGUCUUUACGGGUUCAGAUUUAAUAAUGUGGAUGAUGAAGAACUUAGAUGUAGAAGAUCAACAAGAAGCAUUACACUUAGCUCAUUUGAUGGCGUCACAUGGAUAUUUCUUCCCCAUUGAUGAUCAUAUGCUCACCGUUAAAAACGAUAACACAUUUUAUAGGUUUCAAACUCCUUAUUUUUGGCCGUCGAAUUGCUGGGAACCGGAAAAUACCGAUUACGCUGUGUAUCUGUGCAAAAGAACAAUGCAAAAUAAAACGAGAUUGGAACUGGCUGAUUACGAAGCUGAAAACCUGGCUAGGCUUCAAAAGAUGUUUUCGAGGAAAUGGGAAUUUAUUUUCAUGCAAGCCGAGGCGCAAAGUAAAGUCGACAAAAAGCGAGACAAACUGGAGAGAAAAGUGUUAGACAGUCAAGAGAGAGCAUUCUGGGAUGUACAUCGACCUAUGCCCGGUUGUGUGAACACCACAGAGAUCGACAUCAAGAAAGCCUGUCAGAUGCACAAGCCGAUUCACGGAGUCAAAUUAGUAAAUUUAUCAUCGCAACUAUCCCCAAGCACAUCGGGUUUGGCUCCGCAAAACAACCUCGAGCAGAUGAAGAAACAGAUCGCUUUGCUUAAAAUCCGGCUCGACAGAAGGAAUAUUAAAAUAUCAAAAGCAGCCGAAUCAUUCGUUGCGUAUUAUGAGCAAUAUUUGGAGUACGACAGUUUUUUUGUUGCUCCAGAGUAUCCGAAUCCUUGGAUAUCCGAUAGCCCCGAACUAUGGGAACAAGAAAAAACAGCAAAAGACAUAUCAGCACGUAGGGUUAAACGAUGGGCCUUCAGUUUGCAGGAGCUGCUGCAGGAUUCUGUGGGUAGAGAGCAUUUCAUCAAAUUUUUGGACAAGGAGUUUAGCGGUGAAAAUUUGAGGUUUUGGGAGGCAGUGCAGGAAUUGAAGGCGCUUCCCCAAAGCCAAGUGCAAGAGAAAGCAAUGGAAAUAUGGGGUGAAUUUCUAGCGCCUGAUGCGAGUUGUCCCAUUAAUGUCGACUCUCGAUCGAAUGAAUUAACUAAAAAGAAUAUGGAAGUACCUGAUAGAUGGGGAUUCGAUUAUGCAGCUAGCCACGUAUAUCAUUUGAUGAAAAGCGACAGUUACUCGAGAUAUCUAAGAUCUGAGAUGUAUAAAGAAUUUUUAAACGGAUCGAAGAAAAAGGUAAGGAAAAGUAAAACCUAGAGCAGGGUAGCUGUGUGUACUAAUUUGAACUGAGCUUAUUAUAUCGCUUUGUAUAUUUGUUAUGCGAAUUUAUGUUUAAUGUUCCUGCUUAAAUGUGAUUGAAUUUAUUCAAACAAGGUAAUUGUUUAGUAUUAAUAUUAAUUUAGGUAAUAAUUCGGUUGAGUUUUAGAACCUUGUAUUUAUAAAUUCAGCCUAGUUGUUGUUAGAGCGAUGUCAGUAGAGUGCUACUGCAUACGUGGUAUGUAUUUCCAAUUUAGCGGGCAUUUUCAAUAUAAAACGGUUAAUGAUACCAUUAUUAUUCAGUAUUAAACAUGUUUAAGUAUUGAAAUGCCCAUUAAAUAACUUCUAAGCAUCUGUAUACGGAACGAGCACUCUACGAUUUAAAGUAAUUCAUUUAAUAUUAAUUUUCAGACAUCUGUGAAAGGAAUUCGAUCAAUAGUUUCAUUUUCAGCACGAAAAGACAAUGUUAUUUAAUUGAAAUGUUCGGUAGGUAAUGGGUUUGAAAAGUAAAAUUUAUCGACUCGAUAAAUGUAAAUUAUAUCGACAAUACUAAAAGCCGUUGGCAGAAUUUAAUUCUAAUUAAUAAAAGAACCUGUUCGUUUCGAACGAGGAUCGAUUAUAUUUAAAAAGAAGUUAGAUUAUGCGUAAAUAAAAAUGGAAGAGUUGACUAUUAUAAAGAGAUAUUGAACAGAUAUUUUGAAUUUGGUUUAGUGACUCAGUAUUUUUUAGAAGUAAAUGUGUUGAUAUUAUCUUUGUACAUAGUGGUGUUACUGAAUAGAACGUUUUUUUAGAUAUCGUUUGUUAAUAAAAAUACUAUUGUGAUAAAAUGCAUAAAAUGAAAAAAAAAAUGAGGAAAUCAAUAUAAUUAAAUACGAAUCGAUGGAAAAUGUCACAUUAGUGUAUUUGUAUGUAUGUUAUAAACGUAUGAGUGUUAGCAUAUGUGUUGUUCUAUGAAUACUGCGUCACUGCUUCACAUUCGUUUAAAGUGUUGUGAGUACUUAUUAAGAUUUUUGCAGUGUAGGUUGUUUUCAGUUUCUUAACGUAUGACACUGCCAUUUUAAAAUCCAGACGAUGACUGUUUAUUACUAUGCAAGACACUGCUCGGGUACUGACCCCAAAAAUUAUUUACCAAUCUUCCGUGAUCGAUCAAUGGGCAAUCGGACUUUAAAAUUAUGACAUCUGGGACCUUAGAAGAAUUAUUUGAAAACUGUAUUUAGGUAGUUGUUUUUAAGGAUUAGAAGUAGUAGUAAUUUAUAAACUAGUGGUUCUAUAUGUGUCCUUGACGUUUUAUUUUUUACGGACCAAAGCUAUAGAAAAGUUGCAUUUAUAUAGAGUAUAAAUUCUAUUUCUGUAAGAGAUAUUCAUAUACCUUUAUUAGUAAAAUUUAUACCUAUACCCGAUAAUUAUUCAUCGAGCAAAGUUGAGCUGUAAAUUGUUUUAACGCAUUCAAAUCAGUGUGUAUAGAUAAUAAUCUGUUUGAAAAGUAAUCAAAAUCUCGGAUUUAAAACAGGGUUAUACCGUGUUAUACGUGUAAGUAACUUAGAUACUUUAGGAUAUUACAUAAAAAAUGAUUUCCCAGGUUCAUUUUAUCAAGACAUACAUCUAUUGACCGAAAAAUUAAGGAAUAUUACAGUAAUGUUUGUGUAAUAUUUGUAAUGUUUUAUCACACAUUCAAUUUAGGUCCAAUUGCCUAUUUGGUUUGAAAUUUCGCCCUUUGGCUCCGACGCUAUCAGUUGAUUUUUUUAAUUAUUUUUUGUUUUAUUCAGAGGAUUUUUGAGAUAAUUUUUGUCUGAGGACAUAAUAAAUAAUAUCAAAUAAAAGGGAUGUAUAAUGACAUUGUCGGCGAUGGGCAAACAUGACAGAACAGUUUUAAAAUAAGGUUGUACAAAGAUUUACAUACAAUAUGAUCAGGGCCGUCUAGUAAAUGUAAGUCCAAUGUAUUGAUAAGGAAGUAUUUCAUAGUAGUCUUACGAUUUAUUUGUUCAUCAUUUGUCACUCUUUUUUGCAAAAAGCACUAAAUAUGUAGGUACAUAAAAGCUAUUUUUAUAAAAUCUUUAAGCAAUCGUAUUCAUAAUAUUAGCACUCCAGAAAUGUAUAAUUUCAAAGACGGCACUGGACAUUUAUUCCUAAUUGUUUGAUUUGUAAAGGUUCAAUUGCAGAAAUUAGCAGAAAUUUAGCUUGUAGAUUAUUCAUAUUUGUAGUACUCAUCCCGAAUAAUAAAUUUAGCGUUUGAAUUAAUCCCGUUUUUUUAAUACCACCGAAAAAAAAAACAAAAUUUGUUAAUUAUUCAAUACUCCCUAUGCAGCAAACAGAAAAUCUGAACUACAGAAAUUAAUUCAAAAGCUAAAGAUUUAAUGAACGUGAAAUUUGUUGAAACACAGUUGUCACAUUGUUCGAUUUAAUCAUAAAUGAAUUGUGUACCCUAUGACAAGUAUUUUAUAACAAAAAAAUAUUCAAAACAGCUACAUAUACAUCAAAAUAUUAUAUACAUGCAUACUAUUACUGAUAGCAAAUUAGUGAGAGUAUAAUGUUAAGCUGUAAAGGAAUUGAAAUCAUAAGGUUCAAUCAGAAUUGUCAAUAGUUAGAAUGAUUAUACGUCAAAAUAAAAGUAUAUUAUAAAAAGUUUCGAGUGUUAUUUUAAUUCAAUCACUGGUAAUGAAAGACAAAUUCAUUGCAAUAAAUAUAUUUAUUAUUAUUUCGAUACCUACAUGAUUGUGUAAAUUGCAUUAUCUUAAAAUUAGUGUAGGUAUAAAAAAUUCAUCCACAGCCCCAUUCUUAACAACUAAAAUUAAAAUGUAAAUGGGAUAUGGCAAUAAUUAAUGCAUAUUAAAAUCGCAUUGAUAUUAUGUACAUGUACACGGAGUAUCACAAUCAUGUUCCUAUGAUUAUUUACUUAAAGUUUAACCUAACUUGCAUUCGGUAAAAAAAUAUUUUAUAAAUAAAUAGUAACGAAAAACACACCUAAAAGAGCUAACGUGAGUUUUGUUCAAUAUUUCCUCAUAUCUUGAACGCAUGUAUGAAAAAAAUAAAGUCCUAUGCGAUAUGUACAAUUCAGAAUCUGACUAAAACAAUGCCAUUAUA